ACCAACCAUCGUUGUACAUUGAUAGACAGGCUAUCAAAACCCCCAAGUCUUCAACUCCUCUUCCAAAUCACAUCACAUCAUUGAGGCAUGCAACUCCCACUCACACCUUCCAAACCACCCAUACCUAUCUUUUCCCAAUCCCCUCAAUUGCAAUCCUAUGCUCGACCCCCUACUCGCAGCUCUGCACUCGAGCGCCGCCAGGAUGGUUCCAAGGACUGCACUGUCCAGUCAAAUUGUAUGCUCCCUCCUCAUUCACCCGAUGGAACAGGUUCGGGGACCGUCAAUAAUAAUAAUAUGAACGCUCAGAUGGCUUUAUUUGGUGUUGGAAUUAUUUUGUUGUUCUUCGGGGUUGGGCUCGGAGGAUGGAUCUUUUAUCGACGACGAAAGAAAAGAUCGAUAUUUCCCUGCUUUGGUCCACUUUCCGAAUCUGCUCACUUGCAAGAAUCGGGAUUACGGAAUGGUGUCAGGUACAGCAAUGGAGCUGGGAACGGGCACGGCGGUGGCAACGCUAAUCUGCACCCGUUGUCGAGAAUAAGAAGACCUAGUCCAAGCGUUGUUGUAUUAGAAGGGAGGAAUGUUAAUGAUGUGGAUGGGAAUAGUUGCGAAUGUCGGUGUGAUUGUGCUGGAGGAGACGAGAAGGUGGGGGUGGAUGAGGAUGGGAAUGUGGACAAAGGGGGCGACGGUGGGGGUGGGAAGGAGCCGACACAACGUCUGCCACCUGCUAUUGUCGUUUCCUUUGUGAAGGACGCGGAUUCCUCCAAGCAGUCUCAUAUAUAAGACUUCGUUGUGGCGACACCCACUCGCGAUACUCGUGCACCUUACGUCUUCCUGCCUUACAAUUCACAUUACUUUGACAGCGAUUUUUCAUUCACCAUAUCAGUGCAACUCCACACACCCAUGCUUUCUAAUCGCCCCACGAAUUACUUCACUCUGGCGAACCCGGGUCGGUCGCACUCGUGUGUCUCGUUGUGCA